ACGCUCACGUGACCCUUGCUCAUGGCGGCUGCGGCUGUGGCGCUUGCGGCCGAGCGCCGGAGCCGGAUCCUUUAGCCGAAGUGUGGGCCCGCGUGAGUCCGCCUUUCCUUCGGCCUCCUCUGUCGUCUUCAGGAGUGCAGCUGGCGGAGCUGGGAUGGCAGAGCGAGGCCUGGAGCCGUCGCCGGCUGCGGUGGCGGCGCUGCCUCCCGAAGUGCGCGCCCAGCUGGCGGAGCUGGAGCUGGAGCUCUCAGAGGGGGACAUCACACAGAAGGGAUAUGAAAAGAAAAGAUCCAAACUCCUGUCUCCAUACAGCCCACAGACACAAGAAACUGAUUCAGCAGUGCAGAAAGAACAUAGAAACCAGACACCUGCUCCAGCUACAGCUCAGACUUCGGCUCCCUCUAAAUACCACCGAACUCGCUCCGGAGGAGCCAGGGAUGAACGAUACCGAUCAGAUAUCCACACAGAAGCAGUUCAAGCUGCCCUGGCAAAGCAUAAAGAACAGAAGAUGGCUUUGCCCAUGCCCACCAAAAGGCGGUCCACAUUUGUCCAGUCUCCUGCGGAAGCCUGCACACCUCCUGACACGUCUUCGGCUUCGGAGGAUGAGGGCUCUCUGAGACGCCAAGCUGCGCUCUCUGCCGCCUUGCAGCAGAGCUUACAGAAUGCUGAGUCCUGGAUCAACCGUUCAAUUCAGGGAUCGUCCACCUCCUCCUCCGCAUCUUCUACGCUGUCCCACGGAGAGGUCAAAGGAACCAGUGGGUCUCUAGCUGACGUAUUUGCCAAUACUCGAAUAGAGAGUUUCUCUGCUCCCCCUGAUGUCACCACAACUACCUCUUCCUCCUCCUCAUCCUCAGUACGCCCAGCAAAUAUUGAUCUGCCACCCUCGGGAAUAGUUAAAGGCAUGCACAAAGGAGCCAACAGGUCCAGCCUUAUGGAUACAGCUGAUGGUGUUCCUGUCAAUAGUAGAGUAUCCACAAAAAUCCAGCAGCUUCUCAAUACUCUGAAACGACCCAAAAGACCUCCAUUAAAAGAAUUUUUUGUGGAUGACUCUGAAGAAAUUGUGGAAGGUAUACCUCAGCCAGACCCCAACCAGCCCAAGCCUGAGGGGCGACAGAUGACACCUGUGAAGGGAGAGCCCCUGGGCGUCAUCUGUAACUGGCCACCUGCUCUAGAAUCUGCCCUGCAGCGCUGGGGCUCCACUCAAGCCAAGUGCCCCUGCCUGACUGCACUGGAUGUGACAGGGAAACCUGUUUACACGCUCACAUAUGGAAAAUUGUGGAGCAGAAGUUUAAAGUUAGCCUACACACUGCUUAAUAAGCUGGGGACCAAAAAUGAACCUGUGUUAAAACCUGGAGACAGGGUAGCCCUGGUUUAUCCUAACAAUGAUCCAGUCAUGUUUAUGGUAGCUUUUUAUGGAUGUCUUCUCGCAGAAGUGAUUCCAGUGCCUAUAGAGGUACCACUUACCAGAAAGGAUGCUGGAGGUCAACAGAUUGGCUUCUUGCUAGGAAGCUGUGGUAUUGCCUUAGCUCUUACCAGUGAAGUUUGUCUGAAGGGACUGCCAAAAACCCAGAAUGGAGAAAUUGUACAGUUUAAAGGUUGGCCCCGACUCAAGUGGGUUGUAACAGAUUCCAAGUACCUUUCCAAGCCACCAAAAGACUGGCAGCCCCACAUAUCACCUGCUGGUACAGAACCAGCAUACAUUGAGUAUAAAACCAGCAAAGAAGGAAGUGUAAUGGGAGUUACCGUGUCCCGACUUGCCAUGUUGUCUCACUGCCAAGCUCUGUCCCAGGCCUGCAAUUACUCUGAAGGAGAAACAGUAGUAAAUGUUUUAGACUUUAAGAAGGAUGCUGGGCUGUGGCAUGGCAUGUUUUCGAAUGUAAUGAAUAAGAUGCAUACAAUUAGCGUACCCUACUCUGUUAUGAAGACAUGUCCUCUUUCUUGGGUCCAAAGAGUACAUGCCCACAAAGCCAAAGUAGCUUUGGUAAAAUGUCGAGACUUGCACUGGGCUAUGAUGGCACAUCGGGACCAGAGGGAUGUAAGCCUAAGUUCUCUACGCAUGUUAAUUGUGACUGACGGAGCUAAUCCCUGGUCUGUGUCAUCUUGUGAUGCCUUCUUGAGUCUGUUCCAAAGCCAUGGGCUGAAACCUGAGGCCAUCUGUCCAUGUGCGACAUCUGCUGAAGCCAUGACCGUAGCAAUCCGAAGGCCUGGAGUUCCAGGGGCUCCUCUGCCAGGAAGAGCCAUUCUCUCAAUGAAUGGGUUGAGCUAUGGAGUUAUCCGAGUCAAUACUGAGGAUAAGAAUUCAGCACUGACUGUCCAGGAUGUGGGACAUGUGAUGCCUGGGGGGAUGAUGUGCAUUGUGAAGCCAGAUGGACCUCCCCAGCUCUGCAAAACAGAUGAAAUUGGAGAAAUUUGUGUUAGCUCCAGAACUGGAGGCAUGAUGUACUUUGGGCUUGCUGGUGUGACAAAAAACACAUUUGAGGUGAUUCCAAUGAAUUCUGCAGGCUCUCCUGUUGGAGACGUGCCCUUCAUUCGAUCAGGAUUGUUGGGGUUUGUAGGUCCAGGCAGCUUGGUAUUCGUAGUUGGAAAAAUGGAUGGAUUACUAAUGGUUAGUGGGCGAAGACAUAAUGCUGAUGACAUCGUUGCUACUGGCCUGGCUGUGGAGUCAAUAAAGACUGUGUAUAGAGGAAGAAUUGCUGUGUUUUCUGUGUCUGUAUUUUAUGAUGAGCGCAUCGUGGUGGUUGCAGAGCAAAGACCUGAUGCCUCCGAAGAAGACAGCUUCCAGUGGAUGAGCCGCGUGCUACAGGCAAUCGAUAGCAUUCAUCAAGUGGGGGUCUAUUGUCUUGCUCUGGUGCCUGCCAACACACUGCCCAAAACGCCACUAGGAGGAAUCCAUAUAUCUCAUACCAAACAGCUCUUUCUGGAGGGAUCUCUGCAUCCUUGCAACAUACUUAUGUGCCCACAUACGUGUGUGACGAAUUUGCCAAAGCCUCGGCAAAAGCAACCAGGUGUUGGUCCAGCUUCUGUGAUGGUUGGGAAUCUGGUUGCUGGAAAACGCAUAGCACAAGCAGCUGGAAGGGAUCUGGGGCAAAUUGAAGAGAACGAUUUAGUACGCAAGCAUCAGUUUCUGGCUGAGAUUUUGCAGUGGCGUGCCCAGGCAACACCUGACCAUGUCCUCUUCAUGCUGUUAAAUGCCAAGGGAACUACUGUGUGCACAGCCAGCUGCCUCCAGCUUCAUAAGCGAGCAGAGAGGAUUGCAUCAGUUCUGGGUGACAAAGGACAUUUAAAUGCAGGAGACAAUGUGGUAUUGCUCUACCCACCUGGCAUUGAGUUGAUUGCUGCAUUCUAUGGCUGCCUAUAUGCAGGAUGUAUACCUGUGACCGUCAGACCUCCUCAUGCUCAAAACCUUACUGCCACAUUGCCUACUGUCCGCAUGAUUGUUGAUGUCAGCAAAGCAGCCUGUAUUCUUACCACUCAGACCCUAAUGAGGUUACUAAGGUCCCGGGAGGCAGCUGCAGCUGUGGAUGUGAAAACCUGGCCAACCAUCAUCGAUACAGAUGAUUUGCCCAGAAAAAGGUUACCUCAGCUGUAUAAACCACCCACUCCUGAGAUGUUGGCAUAUCUUGAUUUCAGCGUCUCCACAACUGGCAUGCUUACAGGAGUGAAGAUGUCUCACUCUGCAGUUAAUGCUCUUUGUAGAGCCAUCAAGCUCCAGUGUGAGUUGUAUUCUUCUCGGCAGAUCGCUAUCUGCCUUGACCCUUACUGCGGACUUGGCUUUGCACUCUGGUGUCUCUGCAGUGUCUAUUCAGGUCACCAGUCCAUCUUAAUUCCUCCCAUGGAGUUAGAAAACAAUCUUUUCCUUUGGCUUGCCACGGUCAACCAGUACAAAAUAAGGGAUACCUUUUGUUCCUAUUCAGUUAUGGAGCUUUGCACUAAAGGACUGGGUAACCAAGUGGAAGUGCUAAAGACAAGAGGAAUCAACCUCUCCUGCAUCCGGACCUGUGUAGUGGUGGCUGAAGAGCGACCCCGAAUCACUUUGCAGCAGUCCUUCUCCAAGCUCUUCAAAGAUAUUGGCCUGUCCCCUCGGGCUGUCAGCACCACUUUUGGAUCCAGAGUCAAUGUAGCAAUAUGUUUACAGGGAACCUCAGGGCCUGAUCCCACUACUGUGUAUGUAGACCUGAAAUCAUUAAGACAUGACAGGGUUCGUCUUGUGGAGCGGGGAGCCCCUCAGAGUCUGCUGCUGUCGGAGUCAGGAAAGAUUUUACCGGGAGUGAAAGUGGUUAUUGUUAAUCCUGAGACCAAAGGGCCUGUUGGAGACUCUCACCUGGGUGAAAUUUGGGUGAACAGUCCCCAUACAGCCAGUGGCUACUACACCAUCUAUGACAGUGAGACUCUUCAAGCAGAUCACUUCAACACUCGCCUCAGCUUUGGCGAUGCUGCUCAGACGCUCUGGGCUCGAACAGGAUACCUUGGGUUCGUCCGCAGGACUGAACUCACAGCAGCCACCGGAGAACGUCAUGAUGCACUAUAUGUGGUGGGAGCUCUGGAUGAAACACUGGAGCUGAGAGGAUUACGAUACCACCCCAUCGACAUUGAGACCUCGGUGUCUCGGAUCCACAGGAGCAUUGCUGAAUGUGCUGUGUUCACAUGGACCAACUUGCUUGUGGUGGUUGUGGAACUGUGCGGUUCUGAACAAGAAGCCCUGGAUCUAGUUCCUUUGGUGACCAAUGUGGUCCUGGAAGAGCAUUACCUCAUCGUUGGCGUUGUGGUUGUGGUGGACCCCGGUGUCAUUCCGAUCAACUCCCGGGGAGAGAAGCAAAGGAUGCACCUGCGAGACAGCUUCCUAGCUGACCAGUUGGACCCCAUCUACGUGGCUUACAACAUGUAGCCGGCUGUGUGGGCACCGUCCCGAGACUCACUAGGCCAAGGCCCACAGCUGGAAGCAAGCACGUGGAUGAUGCAAAGGGAGCUGAGGCAGCUGUGUGACUUCCUUCAUCUCAUUCUGUGGGGUUCUGCAGUCAUAUAGCACAUAGGGAAGGGUAAAUCUCCAGUGGCAAAUGAAAAAAGCGUUACCAGGCUGUUAGACCCGAGCUUCAGCAGUGUGAGCAGCACGUUACUAAUGCAGUUACUUGCAUGUUACAUUUUUUUCAUCUGUUGUACAUACUUGUAUUUUUAUCUAAUGCCAAUUUAGAGUUUUGUAAGGGAGUUUAAUGAAUUCAUGUGUAAGAGUGGCCUGAAUUACACAGAUCCCCACUCUGUACUGAAUUUUGCCAUUUUCCCAUAGCUAGAUACUCUGCAGGUUUUCUUAACAUGAAACUAUGUAGCUUACUUUGAGUCUACCCAUGAGCAAAACUGAUAACCCCACUAAAUAAGCGAAUUACUUUAUAUAUAUAGUUCUUGACUGUAAAACAUUUUGACCAGUGUUUAGACAUGUAAAUACAUACAAUUCAGCUAAAGAAUUGAAGAAUUGGCAUAUGUAAUUAAAACAAAGUAGAAACUCUUCUACUGUGAGAGAAUUUCAUUCUCUUAAUGUAGUGUAAUUGAUUAGAUAACUAAAAAGUGCAAAUUGUUAGCAGGUUUUGCUGCACAUUAUGUCUUCGUUGGCUGGUGUAUUACAUAGACUAAAGCUGCCUAUGUUUGUUUUUAAAGCUCGCAUUCCUGGAAUCAAAUUAAGCUUCUAAAAUUCAUCCUGUUUCUGUGAGAUGAAAAUCUCAGUUUUAAAAUCAAAAUGUUAAGAGAAAGCCAAGAUGCAUUAGAUCCCACCCUCUCCUAAGGAACCACAAAAGCUCGUUCUAGCCCCAUCUUGGAAAGUGUCUUGCACACUUACAGUGACUACAAAAAAAUUUAGAAUUUCCUUUUUCUGGUCCUUUGUAAACUGUUGGUGCAGUUUACAUACAGAGCUUGUCCUUUACUGAAAAGUGAAGCAUGUGCCCUGUCCCUCAGGCUGUGAAGACAGGGAGCCAAGGGCAAGAGUGAUAGGCUUGUGAAGUGGCUUGGCCAUCACAUGAACUGUAAGGCCAGAUAACUGCACAUCUCAAAACUGCCCGGUUCAGGUUGCCAGAAUAGCCAGACUUACACUGAAAUAGGGAAGUCUGACAUAUGAAGAACUCUUUAGAAAUAAUUGGUGCCUAGGCCAAGCACACUAAGUGCGGAACUGAAUUUGGCCUCCGGCUCAGCUUCCUUUCUUUGAUCUGACACUUCGUGUAUUUGAAUAUAACUAAAUUUAAUUAUUUUUUUCUUACAGAAGUAUUUUUAAAAAUUAAAGAAAAUCUCAAAAGUGAAAAGAAUUAACUUGUUAAAUCAGAAUGGUUCUCUUUGACUCAUUCUGAUCUAUUGUGUAAAUAUUUAUUUAGACUAUUUUAAUAAUACAUAUUAUUUACCCCACUGUAACAUCAUGUAAACUAAAUGUGUUUUUAAACAAUUUGUAAGACUUGUAAUUACCCUGAAAAUAAGGUUUGUAAAGCAAAGACAAGGCCCAUCACAAGGCUGUGCUCUGGGGCUGCCUUUGCACAGUCUUGUGGUUCAGAACCACUUUCUGACUUCUUUUUACAUCAUCCUCUUCUCCCAGCUCAUUCUCCACAUUGGGAAGACCUUGAGAUGCUUCCAAUUCAGGUCUCUUUUUCACCAUUUUGGAUGGAAUUACUCUACACUCAAUAGGGGAGGGUCUAGGAUGUACAGGAAAAAUCACUUCCGUUGGGGCAGAUGAGGUUCCAGUCUCUAGCAGUGGGUUGGUUUGCAGAGAAAAUGACUCACUUACUAAAAAAAGCAAUUUUUAAUAAGUCACUAACAAAAGCAAUGAAACCUGAGUAUUAAAUAGUUUUAUCUCCAUAAUCCACAAGUUCUAAGAAAAAUUAUAGGCAGCUUCUUUCCUGUAAGUUAAUAAUUCUUCCAAACACUACUUAGAUCAUCAGUACCUAGGGACUCAUUGUCCACUACAGCUGUAAUAAUGUGAGCCACAUCUAUAAUUUAAAAAAUUCUAGUAACCACAUUUUAAAAACUAAAGAUUAUAUCCAUUUUAAUAUCUUUAAUGCAGCAUACCAGAAAUACUGCUGUUUUUAUUUGUUUUGGUUUUUUUGAGAGGGGACCAGGAAUUGAACUCUCAAUACCUUGCACUUGCCAGGUAGGUACCAUGUGGCUGAGCUAAACACCCCAGCCCCUCAGAAAUACUGUUUUAAUGUAAAACCAGUAUCAAAAUUAUUAAUGAAGUCUUUUACAUUUUUUGUAUUAAGUCUUAGAAAUUAAAUGUAUGUUAACCAUAUCUCAAUUUGGAUUAGCUGUAUUUCAGUCUGUAUGUGGCUAAUGGCUAUCGUGUUGGGACAGCCCAGGCCUAUACACAUUCCUUUAAGUACAAUACUCAUCUCAGAAAGUAGUUUCCUUGUUCCUCAAGCCUCUCAAUCUUUAUUUACUCCUUCUGAAUCAGCUGAUUUGCUUUGUUUUGUUUUGUUUUGCAUAUGCCCCAAAGCCACAUUGUGCUAUGAAGUAAGUUGAGAGCUGUCCUUGGGGAAUCUCAUCAGUAACUGGCAAAGUAUCUUGGAGGAGAGGAGAGUCCUCUCUUAGCCUUGCUGGUAUUCAUGGGGCAUCUGCAUAUUUUAAGUCUUCAGGACUUUCUUAAGGUCUAUUACAGACCUUAAGAAUAAAAAUUUUUUUUGAUGACACAAUGUUCUGUCCUGUCCCUAAGUGGAAGCUGUGUUUUAGAACUGUUUAAGCAGGCCUGAAAGGCCAUUAUUGGUAAGCAGCCCUGCAGCCAUUGUAGGCCUCUGGGACACAGUCCACAAGGGCUUUUAGGCCAUGAAGGAACGCAAGCAGUCAACAGUAAGCCCCCAUCUUGUUAGGGGAAAGCUUUUGGUCUGAAAGUUUCUCAGCUUUUUUCUGGCCCUCAGCAGAAGCAUUUGAGGCAAAUCAGGAAAGGGUUGCAGAGGAAAAUUCCUAAGCCCUACAGAGUCUUUGAGCUACACAAAUGCAUCAGUAAAACCCUAGUAUGUCCCUCCUAUUAAUUGCCACUAGGGAAUUUACAUGAUUGUUUUUGUUAUGGGAGCAGGGGUGUCCUGGGAGUUGGGCCCAGAUCCUUUGCAUUGAGCUGUGUCACUACCCCCCACUUUUUUUUUUUUUUAUACAGGGUCUCACUAAAGUGCCCAGGCUGGCCUCAAACUUGUGAUCUUCCUGCCUCAGCCUUCUUCCUGAGUGUCUGAGAUUACAGGCAUUCUUUGUAAAGUACUAAGUCCCUUCCUUUUGCUGUUGUGUUGCCUCAGGCUGUUCAAGACCAUCACCUGUCUUAUCUGAGUGUCCCUCCUUACUUUAUGCUCUGGGCAAUGCUUUUUAAUGCUUUUUUUUUUUUUUUGAAUCAACAAAGGGCCAGAGGCCUUAAGUUUGUUUUAAGGUCUCUGCCCCAGGCAUGGUGCUCAAUUUCUUGGCCAAAUAAAUUACUUUCCUUAAAUUUCCAGGAAUCCUUUUGACUAAAGCAAUGAGGAGUUACCACCUCUUCAUCAAACUCCAACAUGAUCUAUGCCUUAGUGUCAUUUUUGUUGUCUGCUUUGACGUAAAAGCAAGAGUAUUUGGAGCAAGAAAUUGCAGUAUGCCAAAUAAUAGGCCUUUUGUUUGUCAUUCAUACCACAUUUCUGGUUUAGGUAUAUGUACAUGGGCCAUGUUAUUUGUCCAGAGGAAAAGAUUGUAAAGAUAUAAGAAUAAUUUUUUAGUCCUAAAUGCUGUUUUGUUUACUUUCUGUCAAGAUAUUUACCCACGUCAAAUUCAGACUAUAGUACUGUGUAAUUAUGUAUAAAGUUUUUUAUUUAUUUGAAAUUAGACUAGAUAUACAUUUUUAAAUUUAACAUCUGGCUGACAAUGUUCUGUUAACUCAUUGAAUGUGUUUCUUUUGUGUUAAUAAAUAUUGAUGCCUGA